UUUUGUUACACUUUCUAGAGGACUGAGCAAACACAGGGCUUGUAUCUGGGUUUGGGGCCUGUUUAUGCGGGGAUCGGUUUAUUCUGUCGUCGGUUUCGGGAUCGAGUCACUGUGGAUUUUGCUUUUCUCAUGGACUGAGAUGGCAGACAGAGUGAAGAGGAAGCCUGCGAAGAGGUAUUACUCUUUUUCUGGUGCCUCUCGGAAGGAUUCGGUGAAGGCGCUGAGGUUUUCAAGGUCACUGAACCUCAAAAGAACCACUUCAGAAAUCAGCAAGAGGCAGCUGGUGGCAGUGUUUGAUGAGCAAGAUCCGCAUCAUGGAGGUGAUGGCACCAGUGCCAGCUCCACGGGCACCCAGAGUCCGGAGAUAUUUGGCAGUGAGCUUGGCACCAACAGUGUUUCUGCCUUUCAGCCUUAUCAAGCAGCAAGUGAGAUUGAGGUCACACCUUCAGUGCUCCGUGCAAAUAUGCCUCUCCACGUUCGACGAAGCAGUGACCCAGCUUUAGUUGGCCUCUCAACUUCUCUCAGUGAUAGUAAUUUUUCCUCUGAAGAGCCGUCACGGAAAAACCCCACACGCUGGUCGACAACAGCCGGCUUCCUCAAGCAAAACACUGCUGGUAGCCCUAAAGCCUGUGACAGGAAGAAAGAUGAAAACUACAGAAGCCUCCCACGGGAUACUAGUAACUGGUCUAACCAAUUUCAGAGAGACAAUGCUCGCUCAUCUCUGAGUGCCAGUCACCCAAUGGUGGACAAGUGGCUGGAGAAGCAAGAACAGGAUGAGGACGGGACAGAAGAAGACAAUAGCCGUGUUGAACCCGUCGGACAUGCUGACACUGGUUUGGAGAACAUACCCAACUUUUCUCUGGAUGAUAUGGUAAAGCUCGUACAAGUCUCCAACGAUGGAGGGCCUCUGGGAAUCCAUGUAGUGCCUUUCAGUGCUCGAGGCGGCAGAACCCUGGGGUUAUUAGUAAAACGAUUGGAGAAAGGUGGUAAAGCUGAACAAGAAAACCUUUUUCAUGAGAAUGAUUGCAUUGUCAGGAUUAAUGAUGGUGACCUUCGAAAUAGAAGAUUUGAACAAGCACAGCAUAUGUUUCGCCAAGCCAUGCGUACACCCAUCAUUUGGUUCCAUGUGGUCCCUGCAGCAAAGAAAGAGCAGUAUGAACAACUCUCCCAAAGUGAGAACACUUACUCUUGCAGCCGCUUCAGCCCGGACAGCCAGUACGCCGACAACAGGAGUGCGAACAGCGCAGGGCUGCAGGCGCUGCAGAGAGCACCGCGCCCGGCCCGCCCGGCCCACCCGGCCGAUCAGGCAGACCCCCACCCCCGCCUGCUACCUCACAGCACGCACCCGCCCGGGAAACCGCCCUCAGCUCCGGCCCCAGCACCACAGACUGUAUUUAGUACCAGCGUCAGCAGUGGGUACAACACCAAAAAAAUAGGCAAGAGGCUUACUAUCCAGCUUAAGAAAGGUACAGAAGGCUUGGGAUUCAGCAUCACUUCCCGAGAUGUAACGAUAGGUGGCUCAGCUCCAAUUUAUGUGAAAAACAUCCUCCCAAGAGGGGCUGCCAUACAAGAUGGCAGACUGAAGGCAGGAGAUAGACUUAUAGAGGUAAAUGGAGUAGAUAUUGCAGGCCAAUCCCAAGAGGAGGUUGUUUCCCUGUUGAGAAGCACCAAGAUGGAAGGAACUGUGAGCCUUCUGGUCUUUCGCCAAGAAGACGCCUUCCACCCAAGGGAACUGAAUGCAGAGCCAAGCCAGAUGCAGAUUCCAAAAGAAACGAAAGCAGAAGACGAGGAUAUUGUUCUCACGCCUGAUGGCACCAGGGAAUUUCUGACGUUUGAAGUUCCACUUAAUGAUUCAGGAUCAGCCGGUCUUGGUGUCAGUGUCAAAGGUAACCGGUCAAAAGAGAACCACGCAGAUUUGGGAAUCUUUGUCAAGUCCAUUAUUAAUGGAGGAGCAGCAUCUAAAGAUGGAAGGCUUCGGGUGAAUGAUCAACUGAUAGCAGUGAAUGGCGAAUCCCUGUUGGGCAAGACGAACCAAGACGCCAUGGAAACCCUCAGAAGGUCCAUGUCCACCGAAGGGAACAAGCGAGGAAUGAUCCAGCUCAUUGUCGCAAGGCGAAUAAGCAAGUGCAAUGAGCUAAAGUCACCUGGGAGCCCCUCUGGACCUGAGCUGCCCAUUGAAACGGUGUUGGACGAUAGAGAACGAAGAAUUUCCCAUUCCCUCUACAGUGGCAUUGAGGGGCUUGAUGAAUCACCCACCAGAAAUGCCGCACUCAGUAGGAUAAUGGGUGAGUCAGGUAAAUACCAGCUGUCCCCCACAGUGAAUAUGCCCCAAGAUGACACUGUCAUCAUAGAAGAUGACAGGUUGCCAGUGCUUCCUCCACAUCUCUCUGACCAGUCAUCUUCCAGCUCCCAUGACGACGUGGGGUUCAUGACGACAGAGACUGGCACGUGGGCUAAGGCUGUGGUCACUGAUUCUGCGGACUGCUCUUUGAGUCCAGAUGUUGAUCCUGUCCUUGCUUUUCAACGAGAAGGAUUUGGACGCCAGAGUAUGUCAGAAAAACGCACAAAGCAAUUUUCAGAUGCCAGUCAAUUGGAUUUCGUUAAAACGCGAAAAUCAAAAAGCAUGGAUUUAGGUAUAGCUGACGAGACUAAACUCAAUACAGUGGAUGACCAGAAAGCAGGUUCCCCCAGCAGAGAUGUGGGACCCUCCCUGGGUCUGAAGAAGUCAAGCUCCUUAGAGAGUCUGCAGACAGCAGUCGCUGAGGUGACUUUGAAUGGGGAUAUCCCUUUCCAUCGCCCCCGGCCACGGAUAAUCAGGGGCAGGGGAUGUAAUGAAAGCUUCAGAGCUGCCAUUGACAAGUCUUACGAUAAACCUUCGGUAGACGACGAUGAUGAAGGCAUGGAGACGUUGGAAGAAGACACAGAAGAAAGUUCAAGAUCAGGGAGAGAGUCUGUAUCCACAGCGAGUGACCAGCCUUCGCACUCUCUGGAGAGACAAAUGAAUGGAAACCAAGAGAAAGGUGAUAAGACUGAGAGGAGAAAGGAUAAAACUGGAAAAGAGAAGAAGAAAGAGAGAGAGAAGGAGAAGGAGAAAAUGAAAGCCAAGAAGGGAAUGCUCAAGGGUUUGGGAGACAUGUUCAGGUUUGGCAAACAUCGAAAAGAUGACAAGAUUGAGAAAACGGGUAAAAUAAAAAUACAGGACUCCCUCACGUCAGAAGAGGAGAGAAUACGAAUGAAGCAGGAGCAGGAGAGGAUUCAAGCCAAAACUCGAGAAUUUAGAGAGCGACAAGCUCGAGAGCGUGACUAUGCUGAAAUCCAAGAUUUUCAUCGAACAUUUGGCUGUGAUGAUGAGCUGGUGUACGGGGGAAUUUCUUCCUAUGAAGGUUCCAUGGCUCUCAGCGCCAGACCGCAGAGCCCAAGAGAAGGACAUAUGAUGGAUGCUUUGUAUGCCCAAGUGAAGAAGCCGCGGAAUUCCAAACCUUCACCUGCAGACGGCAACAGAUCAACUCCUAGCAACCAUGAUCGGAUACAGCGUCUACGGCAAGAAUUUCAGCAAGCAAAGCAGGAUGAAGAUGUAGAAGAUCGCAGACGCACCUAUAGCUUUGAACAACCCUGGCCCAGCUCCAGGCCGGCAGCGCAGAGCGGCAGGCACUCGGUGUCCGUGGAGGUCCAGAUGCAGCGCCAGCGGCAGGAAGAGCGCGAGAGCUUCCAGCAGGCCCAGCGCCAGUACAGCUCUCUGCCCCGACAAAGCAGGAAGAACGCCAGCUCUGUCUCCCAGGAUUCUUGGGAGCAGAGCUACUCCCCGGGAGAAGGCUUCCAGAGCGCCAAGGAGAACCCCCGGUACUCCAGCUACCAGGGCUCCAGAAACGGCUACCUGGGCGGGCACGGCUUCAACGCCAGGGUGAUGCUGGAGACCCAGGAGCUCCUUCGCCAGGAGCAGAGGCGGAAAGAGCAACAGAUGAAGAAGCAGCCCCCUCCCCCCGAGGGGCUCACCAACUAUGACUCAUAUAAGAAAGUCCAGGACCCCAAUUACGCCCCUGCCAAGGGGCCCUUCCGGCAGGAUGUGCCCCCCUCCCCUUCUCAGGUCGCCAGGCUGAACAGACUCCAGACCCCUGAGAAAGGCAGGCCUUUCUACUCCUGAGCAGGAGAGGAGUGGAUGCUUCAUGUCAGGCAAUAAAGGACAUUUUCCUAUGAAGACUUGUAUUUGGGGAGUUUUUUUAAAACCUCGAUGGUACUAUGGAAUAUUUCUGAUGUUGGUAUCAGUGCCUUUAAGCAGUAUGGGCAAAGAAAUGGAAGGCCUUAAUGUCUUUGCUGCCGUGUCUCAAGUGUCUAUUUCGUGGAAGGAUUUCCCAACAUCUGACAAUCAUCUUUUUGAGGCAUUCAUAUGCUCUGCAUCUCUCUGGAGUACCAGGAAUCUUGGCCCAACUCGUGAGAUGUCGUGGCUUUGUGUUUCAGCCCCUACAACUGUGGUGACAAAUUACCUUGAAGUUGAGGGGGACGUUGAUCCCUCUUUUUUCUCUUUAAGUUUCCUUAGAUGUGAGGCGACGUCUCCGUCUCUGGUGGAUGAAAGUGGUGAGGUACACCAGAAAUGGAGGCUUUACGGUACUUCACAGCACGGUCGUUAGAGUACUUUAUAAUCAUAUGGUUUCCCUUUUCCAUCUCGGCUCACUGUAACAGGAAACUUCUUUCAUCCUAUUAGAGAAGCUAAGCCAUAUUCCAACACUGUCUGCUUAUCAUGGGGGUCCUUUUGUAACUGCCUUAUACCUCAUCAUUACCAGGAAAUGAUCGUUUCAGUCUGUGUUCAUACCUGUGCUUGUUUAGUCACGUUCUUACCGUGUGUCUUGAGUCACCACAGCUCUGUGUAGGGAACGUGGGAGAUGAGAGUGACCCUGGAGGGGGAGGGACUGGGCCUGCCCGCGGGCCAGUGUGUAUCGUGAUGUGGGAGGUGGUAGCUACGAAAGGAAUUCUCCCAGGAUGAGCUUCUGGCCCAGUACCUCCCAGUAAUUAUUUUAAUUAGUUUUUGUUUGACAGGUUGGCAGGAAGGGCACAGAUAAAUCAGACAGUCGUUUGGGGAUUCUAAAAAUUCAUCUGCUUUCUACAGUUUUUAAAGUUGGUUCGAACAGACAUCCACGUGCUGUCCCUCUGCCUGGUGAUGCCAUCCAUGCUACUGAAUAAUUCUGUCAUGAAAUAGAAAAGACAAAUAAGGGAAAAGCCAUUACACAUCGAACAGAGAACAACUUCGUGUCCCAAAACGGUGUAACAAAAGAUUGCUCUCAUGUCAAUAUUUUCAUGUACGUGUGGGUCACAAGAACCUCGGUUGCUCCCGGGUUUCCAUCUGUUGGUCUGAACAUCAUGUAUCGUAAACCAUGGCUGCAUUGCUAAAGUGCCUGCAAAUCCUGACGUGAAAAAAGCUUGAGAUGAAAGCUCAGCAUACCAUGUAUUAACAAAAAAGAAAAGAAAAAAAAAGACAUGUACUGAUAUGCCUAUUUUUUUUUACUGGCACAUUGUAUUUUCGUGUCCACUUGUUUCUAGGAAAUAUGUGAAGUGUCCAUACACAUACCUGUGUCUCUUUUGCAUUUCUGUGUAACAGUUCUAUUUGUUCAUAAUAUGAGGUGAUGUUUAAAUGGUGUUGCCAAUGUAAGUACGGUGACCCUGGACGACGGUGGCUGUUCCCCACAGCCUUCCCUGAGCUGUGAGAAACAGCUUUCCCUGUAUAUAUGAGACUUCUAAUAAAAGGCAUAUUUCUUCCUGUUU